AUGAUCAAUUCAAGUUUGAUUCUCGAAUGCUUUGCUGGCACAUUACUCACUGAUGUUCAGGCGAGAAAUAAUGCAGAGGGAAAGCUUCGAGAGUUGUCUACACAGCCUGGAUUUCUCGGGUGUUGUUUGGAUAUACUAGCUCAAUCGGAUACACCAGUUCACAUUAAAAAAGCUGCAGCUGUGUAUUUCAAAAACAUAGUCAUCAAGUUUUGGAAGAUAAAAGAUGAAUCAAAUAAAUUUCGCAUAGAUAACGACGAGAGACCUGUGAUAAAGGAUCGCUUAAUACCAGUGAUUCUUGUUUGUGAUUACCAUACUAGACAACAAUUGAUCCCAGUUUUGAGAUUAUUGAUAUCGUUGGAGUUUGAUAAUUGGGACCUGCUAUUACAACAAACAGGAGAACUAUUGACACAACUGCUGAGCUCAGAAGACCAUUUAUAUACGGCAAUAUUGUGUUUUAUGGAAAUAGCCAGAAAGUUCAAAUGGACUGAUAAUCAAGUGAAACAAGCAAAGAUGUACACCCUCAUUGAUCAGGUAUUUCCUUAUUUGUUGACAGUGGGAGAUUCGAUGGUAAAGAGUGUUGCAGAUGGAGAAGAGAUUACCGAACUCAAGGCAGAGAUUUUGAAAAUGGUUCUCAAAUCGUACAAGUUUGUUACGUACUACGAUUUUCCUGAACCAUUACGCACCAGAGACCAAGUUUUCGCGUGGGGCGAGUUCCACGCUUCAGUAAUCAGCAUGAAUCCUCCAAGCUAUGUAACCAACUCAAAUUUGACUGAACAAGAGAAAUCUUUUUUACAGAUAUCCAAGUGUUACAAGUGGGCCAUUGCAAACAUUUUGCGAUUAUUCAUACGAUAUGCAUCUUCAAACAACUUAACCAGGAAGGUGUCUUACAAAGAAUUUCAUGAGUUAUUCAUCAGUGAGUUUAUCCCUCACUUUAUACGACAGUUUUUAACAAUGAUUGAGGAGUACUGCCAAGGGAAGCGGUGGUUAGGUGUGACUGCUCUUUAUCAAAUCCUCGAGUUUUUGAGCCACUGUAUUAUUGAACAACCUACCUGGACAUUGAUAAAACCGUACUUUGAAACAUUAAUCACACAUUUAGUAUACCCGGUCAUUGUGCCAUCAGACCAAACUUUGGAAAUUUACGAAGAAGACCCUCAAGAAUAUAUCAACUUGUGUUUUGAUAUAACAGGGGAUUAUGAUAAUGCCGAGUCUGCAGCACUAGGAUUUAUCGCUACUGCCUUGCACAAGCGCAGAAAAACAUGCUUGAAACCAAUCAUUAAUUUAAUACAAACUGAAUUGACCCAAUUGCAACAACAAUCUCCUGAGGAAACCUUGGAUGCGGCAAGAAAGAAGGAAGGAUUAUUGAGGAUUUUGGGAAACAUUUCAGGUUAUUUGCCCAAGGAUGAAUCCAUUGAACCGAUGUUAUCGUCAUUGGUUAUCCCCAAUUUAAAUUCAAAGCAUGAUUUUCUCAAAGCAAGAGCGAUUGAAGUGUGCUCGCAAUUUUCAGAUGUCACAUUCACCAACCCUCAAACUUUGUCGUCCUUGGUUCAUGGUAUUUUGCAAAACUUUAAUGCCCCUGACGUAUCAUUGCCAGUUCAAUUCAAUAGUGCAUUAGCAAUACAAGCAUUUAUACCCGUUGAGGAAUUUAAGCAGAUGUUAUCAACAAUUGUAUUGCCCACGAUGUCGAAACUUUUGGAAAUGUCAAAUGAAAUCGAUAAUGAUGCUAUUUCAGUAGUGAUGCAAGAAUGUGUUGAAAAUUUUUCUGAACAGUUGCAACCAUUUGGAGUUGAUUUGAUGACCAAGUUGGUAUCCCAGUUUAUGCGACUUGCGGUUGAGAUCAACGAUGCAUCGCAAGUCGAAGUCGAUGAUUUGGAUACCAACUACGACGAUCAAGGAGACAAAUCUAUGGCGGCUGUCGGAUUUAUCAAUACCAUGAUUACUGUCCUCUUGUCAUUUGAAAACUCUCAAGAGAUUUGUGUCAAGUUGGAGGAAAUAUUUUCUCCAGUUAUUGUGUUUGUGUUUUCAAAUCAAAUGGAUGAAUUUUAUGCUGAGGUUGGUGAAUUGAUGGAUAACUCAAUAUUUUUGUUGAGAUCAAUUACACCUCGCAUGUGGACCAAUUUUGAUUUGUUAUACAAGAGCUUUGAAAAUGGCACAGCUUUGUUGUACGUGGAGGAAUUAAUGCCCUGUUUGCAAAAUUUUUUAAUUUUUGGUAAACAAGAGUUGAAAAGGAAUGAAACGUUGUCCCAGGCAAUGUUUUCUAUAUGGUGUUUGAUCAUAUCUGAUGGAUCUGAGCUAAGUGUUGCCGACUUGAAUCUUGCUUUCGAGUUUGCUCAAACUUUCGUGUUGAGUUUGGAGGAAAAAGCAUUCGCAUUCAACUCCAAGUUUGUUUGCUUUGAUCUCGAGAAUUUUGAUAAAUUGGCGAAUAGGAAGUUGACUAGUGCUUUUGCCGUCAAUUCAUUCAAUGUUAUUGUUGCAUCGAUGAUAUACAACUGUCAAGGAGUUAUCAUGUUGCUUCAACAAUCGAACCAAUUUGUCGAGUUCUUCAGCAAGUGGUUUGAAAUGAUCCCUCAACUAUCAAGGGUUUUUGAUUUGAAGUUGACAUUAUUGGGAUUGAUGAGUUUGUCCAAAGUUGACUCUUUACCACAGGAGAUUGUCGAGCAAAUUUCCCACAAGUAUGUUGCAGUGUUGAAAGCAUUAUCAACUGCCAUACCUGAAUUGGACAAGAAGAGAAAAGACAUUGAUGGAUUGAAUGAUAAUCAAGGAUUCCCUUCAUCGACUAGUUUCGGCAAUGAUGGCGACGAUGAAUGGGAAGAAGACCUAGAUGACAUCGAAGCCAAUGAGGCAGGUCACGAAGAUCAUCAUGACACGAAACAUGUUGGUGUUGGUGAUGGCGAAGAAGAUUUGGAUGAAGACGCGAUCCGUAGAUACACUGAAUUUCUUGAGGCAGAGAAUGCAGAAUUGGCCCACCUGGGAUUUUUUGAUUCCAGUAAUGAGGAUAUAUUUGAAGAUCCUUUAGCAACAACGCCGUUGGAUGAAGUUAACGUAUUUGAAAUUUUCAAUGUGUAUUUACAUGACCUUCAACAAAAUGAUGCCAAUCAUUUUCAGAAAUUAUUUGGCAACUUGAGCGAAGAAGAUCAAAAGUUGAUUGUUGACUUGAUUAACAUGUGA